UAAGAAACAAAAAAAUUAGAUCCAACGGUUAUCAACACCCUAUAGAACCACCAAUACAAUGUAAACCCUAAUUCCUACUCUCUCUUUCGUUUCCUCUCCGCCUCUCUUUCUCUCCCACACUCACAGCAAAAAUGCCGUUCAAGAGGUACGUUGAGAUCGGGAGAGUGGCUCUCGUUAACUACGGCAAAGACUAUGGCAAGUUGGUUGUCAUCGUUGAUGUCGUUGACCAGAACAGAGCACUUAUUGAUGCCCCAGAUAUGGUCAGAGGCCAAAUGAACUUCAAGAGGCUUACAUUGACAGAUAUCACAAUUGACAUUCCCCGCAUUCCAAAGAAGAAGACAUUGAUUGAAGCUAUGGAGAAGGCUGAUGUUAAGAACAAGUGGGAGAAUAGCUCAUGGGGUAGAAAGCUGAUUGUCCAGAAGAGAAGGGCUUCUCUCAAUGACUUUGAUAGGUUCAAACUUAUGUUGGCUAAGAUCAAGAGAUCUGGAGUCAUCAGGCAAGAGCUUGCUAAGCUGAAAAAGGAGAAUGCAUCUUGAAUUGAUAUUGAAUCAUGGAUUUUGCUAGUUUAUCAUCAAUAUUCUGCAAGUUGUUCUUUUGGAAUGGUUUUUUUUUCUUUUAUUCUAUUAAUUAAGGAUUAAGAUCGGUUGAGGGCAAUGUCUUUGCGAUAUGACAGAUUUUGUAGUGAGUUCAUUGCUAGA